UGGAAGUUGAGUUUUCACACUUGCCUUUUAGCCUCAGUCUCCUAGAGUAUCGGGUACAGCAGUUUGACAUAGCCUACAUAAAAUACUUAAUACAACUUAAUUUACUUAACAUACUAUUUAUAUAUUUCUGAAGAUUUCAAGGUUUCAUGGUUUCAGUCUGGGUGAAAAGCCUGAUCGGACUCUUCAACCCCCUUUCCCUCUACCUGUUUUAUCAAACUUUCUUGAGUUCGGCAAAUACUUCAAAGGUGACUGACUGUUACACGAGGCAGAAUGCAAAGAGGACCACCAUAUAUAGCACAAUGAAGAUUCUGAGCAAAGUAGUCCGCUUGCUCUGACUUCAGAUCUGAAACUGAACAGAUGACGCUUGGCCAAAGCAGUGUUCAUCAUGCCCAGCUGUAUUCAGGACCACCUCUGACCACUCAUCCUGCUCUCGCAAGCGGACUAAAAAUCACAGUUGUAUAAGUGCUAAUUUCAGUGCAAAAUGAACUCUAUUAAGUGUGUUCUUGUUGGGGACAGUGCAGUUGGUAAGACGGCCUUGUUGGUGCGUUUUACCUCAGAGACAUUUCCGGAAAUGUAUAAGCCCACUAUUUAUGACAACACGGGAGUGGAGGUUUUCAUGGAUGGUGUGCAGAUCAGCUUGGGCUUGUGGGAUACUGCAGGGAAUGACACCUUUCGGCAUGUGCGGCCUAUGUCCUACCAACAGGCCGAUGUGGUGCUUAUUUGUUACUCAGUGGCCAAACCCCAAUCCUUUACUAGUGCACGACAGAAGUGGAUAGCAGAGGUUCGAGAGCACCUCCCCCGAGUCCCAGUGCUUCUAGUUGCCACACAGACAGACCAGCGCGAGAUGGGCCCUCACCGUGGUAACUGUUUCUCAGCAGCAGAUGGGAAGCGGCUUGCCCAUGAUAUUCAUGCCAGGGGCUACCUGGAGUGCUCAGCACUAAGCAACCGUGGUGUCCAGCAGGUCUUCGAGCAUGCUGUGAGAGCCGCAGUCAAACAUGCCAAAAAGCAGUCUCGCCCCCGCCUCUUCAGUUUGGACCGCUGCAAGACUUCCUAAAGCUGCAUUAUUUACUGACUCCUGUGAGAUGUUACUUGCAUGCAUUUGUAGAGGUUUCCAAACAUCAUAGACACUAAAUAUGCUGAUUUCCAGAUGAACACACACAGAUUUCUUCUGCAAAGAGAGAGAGAGGUGGAGAUGGAGAGGUGUUUGCUUGCGUUUUCUAUGUCUCAUCAGCAAAUCAUCUUUUUUCAGGACUCGGUCUCUCUCCACACACAGAGAAAGAGUCAACAUUCAUUUGAAAAACACAGCAACAUAUAGACUGGCUAUUUUGAUUUUCAGUCCACAGCUAAAUGAAAAAUACUCAAUUGAUUGCCCUCAUAGGGUGAAAGGGAUAAAUAAUGGAUAACAUUUUAGAUUAAAUGUAAAAUGUUGUAAACAACAACAAUUCCGUUUUAUAGCUGGUUUGCAUGAAUAUCUUGAAUAUCUUUGAGUGAAAAUAAAAAUGUAUUUGGCAAUGACUGGGCACGAUAUAUUUUCACAUAAUGUCAAUUAAGAACAGUAUUGUGUAACAAAGAUAUUGACCAAUGUUGGAUCUCUUAAGAAUAAUAAUGAAAUGUGUUUUAUCACUCUUCUUAUUCUGAUAUUGUGCAGGUCGUGCAUGCAGGGCAGAAUUUUAACUUCACAAAUGCCAACAUGUUAA